AUGGUCUCCAAGCUCAGAGCAUCCUCUGCGAACAUCAAGACGGCGCUGCGAACAGCUCAGGUCGCCGCCGACGACGGCACCGCUGCCUUCCCGCGGUUCCGAGAGGAGCAACUCGCCCGACUUUAUGGUGAGAAGCUUUGGCGGCUCAGACAUACCCUCUUCUGGUUCAACGAGCUCAUUAUUCGGUACCUCUUCAUGAUUCACAGGCGCCGUGUCUUCCGAACGUGAAGCCAUCGUUUCCGCCAUGCGAGCGGAUUCCGGUCGCACUCAGGCCGAAGCACAGACCGAGUUGACCAUCGUGCUAGAACAUGUUAAGGCACAAUUCGACCAGACUAAGUACGCCCAAGUCAUUGCAGCCCAAAAGACCGGCUAUGCGCAAGGUGUUACACAACGAGGUAUUGGUUUGGUCGUUGUGGUCGGCGAUGCAAGGGGUUAGUUACAGUCUCGCCGAGUCCCGGAGUGAAAGUUUCUCGGCACUAAUUGAGCUCAGAUUUUGACUUCCUUGCCCUCCACAGCUGCUCUGCUCUCCAUCAUCGCACCGCUUGCGUCGGCUAUUGCAUCUGGCAACGCCGUGGUGUCUGUUCUUGCCCCUGGAGCCUCGACUUUGAACAAGCUAUUGCUCGAUCGCCUCGCUACCCUCGACCGACAAUGCUUCGUUUUCGUUGAUCCCGCUGACACCAAGGGCGACGUCGUUCAAGAAGUCCGCGGAUCCACACCGGUCCUGAUCGUGGACGCGAGUUGUUCCUCGGGAUCCAACACGGUCGUUGUCGACAACCAUCGCUCGGCGGCGGAAUUGGCCCUAAUCGCUAAACUGAUCGUGCGCGGCAAGUGGUUCGGCCUCGGUCAGCUCCCUGGCAGCAUCGACCAGCUCUUCGUGCAUGAGGAGGCUUCUGGUCAAUUGUUGGAGCUCAUCCUCGAGGAAGUGCGCCAAAGCUUCGGAUCCGACCCCGCGCGAUCCGACGACUACGGUCGCUUGGCUCAGGCCUCCUUCGGCGCCGAGCUCGACCAGACCGUUCAGCGCGAGACGAGCCAAAGCGGCAAAAUCAUCGCCGGUGGAUCCUUCACCAAGCCCGGCUUCUUCCCCCCGACCAUCAUCGAGAAUGCGAGCAGGUAUGUCGAUUUUUUUUUCUCCCGUAUCUUGUCUGACUUUCCCAUGACUGACCGUCCGAUUGCUCACUCAUCAGUGUGCUGUUGUCCAAAGCUGGUUCGGGCCCAAUUCUCCCCGUGCGCAGCUUCAGGAGUUUCGAAGGAGUGCUCGCGGCGAUGGAGCAGACGUGAGUGACUGGCGAGCUCCAAUCACAAAUCCUCAACUACCUUUGUUGAUUCGUCAGCUUAUCUUGAUUCAUCUCGUAGCAAAACGUCAAACCUCUACGUGUUUGCUCUGGAGCAGGACUGCAGAUUCCUCGUUGCCGAGUCCGCCGCGUCCACGGUCUACACGGGAGACAUUCCUUUGGCAGCACUGUGUAAGAUCAGCAUAGCUUCUACCACUCAGGCCUCUUGCCCGACACCAUCUCACAACUUUCCGUCUGUCACCGAAUCAAAGAUCUUCCCAACCCGGAAAUCUACGCUCCGUCGCGCUUCACGCGACCCGUCCGAAUUUUCACCCCAACGACGUUGGCGAGCUCCAAGCUGGCCAAGUUGAUCGCGUUCGCGCCCUUCACCUCGGCUAAGCUCUUGGCUCUUGCCCAAGCCUCACCCUCCGACAAGCGCUUGGUUGUCAAGCGGGUCCAACCUGGAAACUCUUUCUUGCGCGCCUUCUUCCCCCAGGGUUUACUCAUCACGGCCGGUUUCGUCGUUUCCGUCUUGUUGAGUGCGACUGGAUUCGUUGGGUACCACAGUGUCCGAUGGAUCAGUCGCAAGUACUUUGCAUGA